AUGGAUCUCGAGGCAAGAAGUUUGCAGCCUAGUGUACAGGCCAACCUGCUUGCCAAACUGAGGGAAUACAAAUCUAACCUGGACAACUUGAAAAGAGAUGUGAAGAUGGCUUCCUUAGCUGAUUUCCAAAGUGCAAGAGAUGAGAUGCUUGAAUCUGGAACGAGUGAUGCAUUAAUGGCAUCAAAAGAUCAAAGGGGGAGAUUAUUGAUGUUAACUGAGAGGCUUAACCAGUCUACUGAUCGGAUCAAAGAGAGUAAGAGAACCAUACUAGAAACAAAAGAACUUGGGGUUUCCAUCCUUCAUGACCUGCACCAACAGUUACAAACACUUUUGCAUACACAUGAUACAGUAUAA